CCAGUCACGUGACAACCGCGGAAGUCAACAAAUCAGGCAGCGAAAUGCAGCAACAACGAGAAGCACUUUACUUUACCUAACUUUUCUCCUCUCCGUUUUUUCUUUACCGUGAGAUUAACCUGUUUUGAAAUGGCCGCGUAAAUGAAACCACACGUCUCUCACAGACCAACUUUGGACGGAGAUCGUUUACCAAAAGGAACAGUUUUUACAAAAUGCCGCUUUCUGAUCAUCUGUCAAGUGUUAACGUAGUGCUUGUAAUGGCCUACGGAAGUCUGGUUUUUGUUUUGCUGUUCAUCUUUGUCAAAAGACAAAUUAUGCGACUUGCCAUGAAGUCCCGGAGAGGGCCGCACGUUCCCAUUGGCCACAAUGCACCUAAGGAGCUGAGACAAGAAAUUGAAGCCAGACUGUGCCAGGUCCAGAAAAUACACUUUGAGCCUCGGCUACUGUCUCCAGAUGAUGAUCGGCUAAAGCAGAGAAGAAAACCUGAUUCUCAUGACUACUUGUACCGAAUGAAAGCACUGGAUGCCAUCAGAGACACUGACUUCCCUUUUCGCGAGCUGGGUGGAAAGUCCACCGCUGUGACUGGACAAAGAUUUCGGACCUGGCUUCUGCGCCUGCGGAAUUCCCACUGCAUGUACAGAGACAGAGACAGCCGGAGCUCCCUCAUUGACACGGUGCUGGACGGUUACAACAAAGCACGUCACGGGGCAGAGCCUUUUGGGGAAGCAGAGUUUUUAAAGUACCAAGAAGCGCUAACCGAACUGGCCUCCAUUGUGAAGUCUCAGAGCGGCGGCAGCAGCAGCGGCGGCACCCCGACACAGCACCAUCAGUCUGCAGCCAAAGACCUGACUGGCACCGCGGAGCCCGCCAGCUCCUCCUCGUCCCCCACCCAAACCACCUACCUCACAUCCACGGUGCAGCAGCGCAACAAGAUGUCCAGGCACUUCUUGGAGCUGAAGAACUUCAAAGACAACUACAACACUCUGGACAGCACGCUCUGAGAACAUAUCACUGAGAGGUCAACAACAACGGUAGCGCUGCCAGUUAUUACAGUGCCUAUGAACAUAGAAUGAAAACGACACAAACACUGCCUUUACACACUAACUCGUAUUGCCUGGUUUUACAAUACAGUGCAUAUCCGACUACUGGUACCGUGCUCUUUACCUAAGUGUUGCUUAUGCUUACAUCUUGCGUUACUGCAUGUCUGACUGCUAUAUUUGGGUUGGAAAAAAACUCUCUAAUGAGUGACUGUAGACAGCGGGGGUUGAUUUGACCAAAACAAUACCAGAGGUAUGGAGCUAUGCAAUCGCUUAAGACAAUCAGUAUUUAUUGCACAAUUUAAAGGCCUAUGCAGAACUGUUGAAAUUAACCAGCUGUAUUUAAAUGCUAACGGUGUUUAUAGAGAGCAGAAGCGGUGUAACCUGUUGCUUCACACUGAGAAAAAAACACACCGUUUGUGUUACAUACGUUUUGGUUACAUGUGGUUACGUGCCUUUAAUUUUCUGCUACGACGUGUGUGUUUUUAUUUUUAAAGUCUUGAACAUCUGUCUUACAGAAGCCAUACUUGUUUUCAGGAAAUGUGAUGAAUAAGUGCUUUUAAUUGAAUCAGUUAUCUCAGUGCAAUGUGACUUAACAGUAUUUUAAUGCAUUAAUGUAUUCUGAAUGUGAGGUGUCCAGCAUCAGGGGCAUCUUGGCUCUUAUAGACCAGCCUCCAGAUGUCUGAGCUGCGUCCGUUACAUCUGGUGUCAAGGGUUCCCAGGGAGGCAUUUUAGUGCCUGAUUAAUUUUAUUUUCGUUGGUGCUUACUGUACAAGUUGCCAUCCAAAUAAAACCGUGACGUACAGUCAA